AUGCACACACAGAGCAUGUGUAUCGGCGGCCGGAGAAAAUGCAUGUUUGUGCCGCGGCAGGAUCUCAAUGAUGUGUGGCUCCUGGACACUGACCGCCAGUUCUCAUGUAGAUGCUUGCAAUUGCUGUUCCCGUGCGGGAUGCAAAUGCGACGAGUUGGCCAAGAGUUGGGUACACUUCAGGUCCUCCGGAGAUUACUGCAAAGAGAUCAGCUCUCCGCUCCGCAGGUGCAUGUGCGGACCUUGGUGCCACCAGUGCUUGUGGACCAGUGGCGAGCCGUGGCGAGCCGGGGCCGGCAGUGA